ACACUCACACUCACACACGUACACGUACACACAAUUUUGUCGUGAUUUCAUUUAUUUGUUUAAAAUAAUAGUUAAAAUACUGUUUAAAUGAAUAGUUAAAUACGUGCGCCGUUAUGUUGAGUGUCUUUGAUUUUGUUGCGCUCAUUUUUGCGCUAUAAGCGAACAAAUUUUCGGCAACAAGCAAAUACAAAAAACGAAGACAACAUUGUUCGCAUAGAGGAGGAGGAGAGAAUUUUUGUAUGCGAGAGAGAGCAGGAGUUAUUUAUUUCAUAAGAAAUUGUUAAUUAAACGACAAAAUGGAGCGACGCGUCAAGUUGAAAACAAUUAACCCGCAUAUCACAUGUAAAAUAUGCGGUGGAUAUUUCAUAGAUGCGACAACAGUAACGGAGUGUCUACACACAUUUUGCAAGAGCUGUCUGGUCAAACAUCUGGAGGAGAAGAAAACAUGCCCCACCUGCGACAACAUCAUACAUCAGUCACACCCGCUGCAAUACAUCAGUUUCGAUCGCACCAUGCAGGACAUCGUGUACAAAUUGGUGCCGAAACUACAAGAAGAUGAAUCGCGACGCGAACGUGACUUUUACAAGAGCCGGAAUAUGCCCUGUCCAAAGGAUAUAACGCCGAAUCAUGAGGAUGACAAUGAGAAGGUGAUGGAGACGCAUGCCGAGUCCGAUUUCCAUCGUUUGGACGAGCAGGUCAAUGUGUGCCUCGAGUGUAUAAGCAAUAACUUUAAGAAUCUGCAGAGACGCUUCAUACGCUGCAGUUCGCAGGCGACGAUAACGCAUCUCAAAAAGCUCGUCGCCAAGAAGAUACUCAAUGGCAUCGAAAAGUAUCGUGAAAUCGAUAUACUGUGUAAUGAGGAGCUGUUGGGCAAGGAUCAUACACUGAAAUUCGUCUAUGUGACACGUUGGCGUUUUCGAGAUCCUCCAUUGCGUUUGCAAUUUCGUCCUCGCGUCGAGCUUUAACAUAUAUAAUUGAGAGAUACAACAUACUAUAUAUGUAUAUGCAUUAACUAAAAAUGAUCUAUUUUUUUAUAUAUACAUACAUAUAAUUUAUUGACAUAGUGCUCUAUAUGUACAUAUAUUAUCAUAUAUAUAUAUAUAUAUAUAUAUAUGAAUCUUAGCAGUUCCCAUAGUUUUAGUCAUCUAACUUUUAAAUAUGUAUGUAUGUAUGUGUAAAUGUGCAUGUAUAAAGUCGUAAACUGCAUAUAGUCGUUAAGUUUAAUCGUGAUUAGCAUUAUAUUCUCUUCUCGUGUGACUUUAAUUGCGGCAUUUGCAUUUUGAGCCUGAUUUAAUCAAACUUUCCCCUAUCUCCUCUUCCUCCUCCAUCGGGAAGACUUUCUUCCGCCCUUUGCUAGAAACAAACAAAACAAAAAA